AUGGGUGAAUAACGAAAAAGAUGCUUUCAACUGGUCUCAUCUCCCCGAGAGUUUUCCUAAACUGGGAAUUGACAGGAAAAAGUGGCUGGAAAAAGAAGAAAUUCUAAGAAAAAAAGUUAAAUACAUAAAAAUGUUUAAUCUUGACAAGAAACACCUCACAGAUCCCUUUGAAUUGGAGAAAGCCGACUGUCUUCUAAGUUUAUACUUACUGCAAAAUAUUUGCAAAGAUAAAGAUUCUUUUUGCAAAAUUCUUAAAACAUGUUCUUCCUACAUAAAAGUAGGCGGUUAUCUAAUAUUAAUUGGUACAUUUAAUGGAGAGUAUUUUAUAAUUGGAGAUCACAAAUUCCACAUCUUAAAUUAUGAUGAGGAAUUUUUAAGGAAGGCUGUGGCAGAAGCAGGAUUUACCAUUGACCAUCUUCAGAUAUUUGAGAAGACAGCAGUCACUGACAGUAUAAAAUAUGGCAAUAUGUACUGUCUUAGGGCUCUCAAAGAGAGGGAAGUAUAGCCCAAAAAAAAAAUCAUGGGUUUAAGGUUACUUUAUAAUUGACAAAGUGAAAAUCACGGGAGCAAAGAAAUAACUGGAAUAAAAAAAAAUGUUUAUUAAGAUUACUAAAAUUUGAAUAUGAACUUAUAAAUAAUCAAAUAGAAAAUAAG